GAAAAUCCCUUUUUCAAUCUUCUCAUAUUUUCAAAAAAAUUACUAAAAAAUGGUACAUCUUACUCCUUCGCCUUUAUUUCAAAUACGUUUAGAAAAUGAUAGUUUAACAAUGCAUGGAUCACAAUCCGAAUCGGUUGGUUGUGUUCUUCGUGGCCAACUUGUUUUAGCUAUAACUGAACCAACAAAAUUUAAGGAAAUAAAAUUAUCAUUUCAGGGAAAAUCUAAAGUUGGAUGGGUAGAUGGUGGAGGUAUAGGACAAUGUUAUAAUAACGAAGAAAAAAUUUUAUAUCAACAAGAUUGGAAAUUUUUACCUGCAAGUAAGCAAUAUCAUUUAUUAAAACCUGAUAAUUAUCAUUGGGAAUUUGAAUUGAUACUACCAGGAACUUUACCUGAGACUAUUGAAGGUUGUCAACAUGGAAGCGUAAAAUAUACCUUAAAAGCAGUAGCGGAAAGGCAUACUUUUGCCCUUAAUUUACACACUCAUAGAAAAGUUACUUUAGUAAGAAGUUUAUUAUCAGGUUCAUUGGAAUACUCUCAAGGUGCUAUCUUAGCAAAUAAUUGGAACAAUAAAAUCGAUUAUGAAUUUUCAUUAGACUCAAAAGUUUUUAGUCUUGGGGAUAAAAUUCCAAUAAGGAUAAAAUUAAGAUCAUUAGAAAAGGAUCUUAAAGUUCAAGAAAUUAUAUGCGUAUUCAAAGAAUAUAUUACUUAUACAGCUGGUGUAAAUCAUAAAACGGAUUCAAAAGUAAUAAAGAUCGCUAGUGAAAAUAAUUUUUCUAGAGAUGUAAAUUCUUGGUAUCAUCUUAUGGAAAUAUCAAUACCAAAUGAUUCAAUCUAUUGUUUAUAUGAUUCACAAAAUGAUAUUAUUUGUGUAAAACAUAGGUUAAAAUUUUAUAUAACUUUUGUUGAUAAAGUACACAGUCAACGAUGUGAAUUAAGUGCUGCUUUAUCAAUAAUGGUUACUCCAGACUCUUAUAGUAGUGAUAAUAUGAAUUUACCCGCUUAUGAUGAGAAUCAUUUGAGUAAAACCUAUUUUGAAGACGCUCUUUCAGAUCAUUCAACAACUUGCCAUUUUGUUAAUUCUUUAUAUGAUGUUGAAGAAAUGAACAAAUUACCUUCUUAUCGUAGUAUCGCUUCCCUUAUACCUGUCCCUCUUGCUGAUUCUUUAUUACCACCAACAUAUGAUGCUACCAUCAAUAGACACUAAAUGUUUGUACAAACAUGUGAAUCUGAAAAAAUUUCUCACUCUUAGACAUUUUUAUAGAAACAAUAUUUUAUAGAUAUAGAGUCAAUAAUUCAUUUAAUUAUUGUUUUUGUAAAUAGUUUUCUUUUUAAAUAUCUUGCUCAUAGUUUUAAUAUUUAAUUACACUUAGCAU